UCGGAAACGGAAUAGCUUGUGGCAGUUCCCGGAAUGAAAAAUGUAGUUUUAAACAUGUAUUUGUGCUUCGAACGACAAUUGCUAGUUUUCCCACAACGUUGAGACAUGAAAUGUUGACGAAAUCUAAGAAUGGGUGUUAAUGGCGGUCCAGAAGUUUGGAGAAGAGUCAGGGAAGCUUGUACACGAAGAACUUGGCCAUGGUCUCGUUCAACUUCCCUUAGGGAAGGAAAAGGAACUGUAAUUUUCGCGUCGAUUCACGAAGAUUUGACUUUCGCAUACCGUCCAAACUUGAGCGUUAGGGAUGUCUGCACAGAAGCAGCCCAGAUACUCAAAAUCUCCCCAGUUGCAUUGGAUUUUUUCACCUUGGUUUCUGUAGACAGCAGACAUUUUCUUAAUCCAAACAAGGUGCUUAAUGAGGCCGAGUGUACCAGCCAGGUUUACUCAUUCAGACUGUGUAUCAAAGCCUGUCAUGGCCUAGAGCUGAGGGACAUUGAUAAGAAAGCAUUUGAAUAUUACUUUCAUCAGUGUCGUAGAGACUUCUUGUCAGGUGCAAUAGGAAGAUUUGAUAAUCCUAAAGAUUUUGCAGUGUUGGUGAUUUAUGAAAUCAUCUAUCGAGCAAGACAACCAAAAUCACCAGUGCACCCAAAAGUUGUGAUUGAGCAUCCGUAA